AUGGACCAGUGGCCGAUUGCAGAGAACGCCAAGAAAGUCAGCAUUCUUCUUUCGGUGAUCGGAGAGACGGCCAGAAGAAAAUAUUUCAACUUCGAAGCGGAGCAGCAGGUAGAUCCGAUCACAGCAUUGGCCGCCAUCAAGGAAAAAGUCGUGGCGAAGCGAAACAUUAUUAUCGAUCGGUUAGAUUUCUUUUUGGCUGGUCAACUCUCGCAUGAGUCGAUCGAUGAUUAUUCAGCACGUCUCAAAACUCUUGCAAAGUUGGCAAAGCUUGGUAAUCUAGAAAAUGAGCUUAUCACGUUUAAGAUCGUUACGGCUAACCGAUGGUCACAGUUGAGGACAAAAAUGUUGUCGAUGACUGAUAUAACACUAAUGAAAGCCGUGGAUAUGUAUCGAGCCGAAGAGAUCGCGGCCAAGCGGUCACUGGAUCUGGCGAUGUCAACACCUAAAACGGCAGAUGUCAACAAAGUAAAUAAAGAUAAGUCAGUAAAAGGAUCACUUCGAUGCAAGUUCUGUGGAGAUCGCCACGAAUUUUCCAAAGGAUCUUGUCCUGCCCUGGGAAAACGCUGCUACAAGUGUAACGGUAAAAACCAUUUUGGAAAAGUUUGCAAAGCUAACAAAAGACCGCAGAAUCGGCGAUCUCGACGAAUAAAGGAAGUGAAGGAUGAGAGCAGUGAAUCCAACGACGCAACGUCAUCGGACGAUAACACUUCAUCGGAAGAAUCAGAAGAGUACGAGAUCGGGAAAGUAUUCGACAGUUCGGACCACAGCGGUAGCGUUUUAGCGAAACAUGAUUUGAAAUUCGCCAACGAUUGGAAAUCCGUAACUUGUGAAGUCGACACCGGGGCUAAUACAAGUCUGAUCGGAUUCUCGAGUCUUGCUAAGCUUAGCGGAAUUGACAACCCACCGGUACAGCCUUCCAAGCUGCGGCUUCAAAGCUUUGGCGGUGGUCCUAUCAACGUGUUAGGACAGGUCAAGAUCCCAUGCCGUCGAAAUGAUAGAAAGUAUCGCUUAGUUCUCCAGGUGGUGGACGUUGAUCACCGUCCUCUGCUUUCUGCUAAAGCUUCUCGAGAACUUGGUUUCGUGAAGUUUUGCAAAACAGUGCAGUUCACUCAACCAAAAUCUACGGCCCCACCAGAGAACCUACUUAACAUUUACCGAAUUGAGGCUCAAAAGAUAAUCGAUAAUCAUCGGGAUCUUUUCACUGGCUACGGAAAAUUUUCCGGUACCGUUUCGUUAGAGAUCGAAAAAAAUGUACCACCAUCAAUCCAGCCUCCCAGACGGAUCCCGGUAGCAAUGAGAAACAAUCUGAAGAAAGAACUCGAGCAGCUAGAAAAGGAUGGCCUCAUAGUCAAGGAAGCAUCGCACACUGACUGGGUUAGCAAUCUAGUAAUUGUACAACGUCCUGGAUCGAAUGGAAUUCGAGUUUGUCUGGAUCCAGUUCCCCUAAAUAAGGCGCUGAAAAGACUACAUCUGCAGGUUGUCACGUUGGAUGAAAUUUUACCGGAGCUCGGACAGGCGAAGGUUUUUUCAACCGUUGAUGCUAAGAAAGGAUUCUGGCAUGUGGAAUUAGACGAAGCCAGCAGUAAGCUGACCACUUUUUGGACACCUUACGGACGCUUUCGUUGGACACGUUUGCCUUUCGGUAUCGCCUCGGCACCGGAAAUUUUUCAGCUAAAGUUACAAGAAGCUAUUGAAGGACUGGAUGGUGUUGAAUGUAUUGCAGACGAUGUUUUGGUUUAUGGAUCAGAUCACGGAUUAAAGCCAGACGAAACUAAGGUUACUGCCAUUCGAGAAUUUCCUAAACCAACGAACAGAAAGGAAGUGCACCGCUUUAUCGGAAUGGUAAACUACCUGAGCCGUUUGGGUGCGGCAAUAUAUCAGCAAGAUGGAGUGGUCGGAUUUGCAUCGAGAACGUUGACACCAGCAGAAAGAAACUAUGCGCAAAUAGAAAAGGAGCUGUUGGCGAUCCUGUUCGCGUGUGUACGGUUUGAUCAACUUAUCGUAGGAAAUCCGAAGGCUGUCGUCAAGACUGACCACCGACCAUUGAUCAACAUUUUCCAGAAACCACUGCUGUCGGCACCGCGCCGGCUGCAACACAUGCUGCUCAACCUACAACGGUACAAUUUGUCGGUAAUGUACGUAACUGGCAAAGACAACGUAGUUGCCGACGCUCUUUCUCGAGCUCCAUUAACCUCCAAUGAAACAGUGAACGAAUACCGAAAGCUGAAUAUUUUCAAAGUUCUGAAAGAAAUCGAAGAUGUAAAACCAACCACUUACCUAAGCAUCUCUGACCAACGUUUUAGCGAGAUAAUUCAAGCAACAAAAGCCGAUUCGUCGAUGCAGUUGAUCAUUAACUACAUUCAAACCGGUUAG